AAAGGAAAAUUCCAAUCCCAUUGAUUCUGUUUCGUCGGCAGCCCGAUGGAUCCCUCGCCGCACAAGUCCUCCACAGCCGCCGGCGACGGCGUCGUCUCCGUCCCCGCCUCCACCGAUCCCAUCCCGGCGCCAAACUCGAAUUCAGGCACCGUUGAUGAUCAGAAGGAGAGCCUCAGCCAGAUCAUCGACUCCGUCGACAGAACCCUCGGCCUCCUCCACAAGCUCUACCUGACGGUAUCUUCCUUCAGCGUCGCUUCGCAACUCCCGCUCCUCCAGAGACUAAACACUUUGGUGGCGGAGCUCGAUGGGAUACAGAAAUUGGCGGAAAAUUGCAACUUCCAGAUCCCUUUGGAGGUCGUCAAUUUGAUUGAUGAUGGGAAGAAUCCAGAUCAGUUCACUAGGGAUGUGAUAAAUAGCUUCAUUUCCAAGAACCAGAUUACCAAAGGAAAGACUGAUGCUUUGAAGAGUUUUAGAAAGCACCUUCUUGAGGAGCUUAAUCAAGCUUUUCCAGAUGAAGUGAUGACUUACAAGGAGGUUCGUGCUGCUGCUGCUGCUGCUGCUGCUGAACCAGAGGCUGGUGCAGGCCCAAAAUGCUAUACCUAAUGGAGAUGUCAAAAUAAAACCAAAGCAUUAGCAAGCAAUUUGGCUACUGUUCCAUUCUGCGACAACACCUGCUUGCUUCUAUUCGAUAACUAUAGUGAAUUAGUGAUUCAUAUUACAGAGAUCGCAAUUCUAUUCUAUAAAUUCUUCGGUGUUGAAUGUACUCUUCAUACAUUCACCUGCCAAAUUAUGUUUCUUUUUUACUACUUAGGUAAUUUGUUUCUUGAUUUUGCUGUAAACAUGUUUGAAUGAAAUUCACAGUUUAGCUCUUGAA